ACUGCGGGGGGAGAGGAGAAUGUAACCGGCAAGAGAAGCACCGGCGAGGCGGCAGUGUGGUACCACCUACGACUUGUCUUUCUCCCUUUUUUGCCUUCAUUCCGAUCCCAACGGUGGGAAAAACUCCGCGUCGUGUUGUUUGGAUACUUAAGUGUGCACAAAAUGAGCGAGGACGUGUCAGAGGUCCCCAAAGAGCUCAUGGAGAGCAUGCGGGAUGCGGUAGGGAGGAAGGUGAAGCUGUCGCUGAGGAAAAGAGUCAAACUGGAGAUCAAAGGCGACAAGACAGAGAACCGAGUCUUGGCUCUUGCGUCCCAUCGAGCAUACCUCCUGACUGCACGCAUUCCCACCAAGGUGGAACACUCCUUUAACUACUUGGAGAUCCAGGGCAUUACCUGUAAUAAGGCAAAACAGCUGUUUGUGGAGUACGAGCGAGGCUCCUUCUCACUGAAGCUGCUGUCCACGGAGGAAGUCAACGAGGUGGUUGCGCAUGUCGGAAACUGUCUGCUCAGAAUAUGUCCAGGUCUUUCACCUAGUAAAGUGAUGAAGAAGCUCAACAUGGAGCCUGCUGACAGACUGACCUCGCUGCAGACGUUGUGGGAAAGCAACAAACCUGCUGACCCGGGGCCAUGUGGUGGCUUUUCUCAGAUGUAUAAGUGUGUUUGUGACUGGCUGUCACUGCCAUACAGGGAAGAGGUUCAGUGGGAUGUGGACACCAUCUAUUUGACACAGGAUACCAGAGAGCUUAACUUGCAGGACUUCAGCCAUUUAGAGAACAGGGACUUGGUGGCCAUAAUUGCAGUGCUCGAGUUCAACCAGUGGUUCACCAAACUCACCACGAAGGACUACAAGCUGUCUACAGAUGUUUGUGAGCAGAUCCUUAGAGUGGUGUCUCGCUCCACCCGACUUGAGGAGUUAGUGCUGGAUAGCGCAGGACUCAAAACGGAAUUUGCCCAGAAACUCGCUGCUGCUCUUGCACACAACCCCAGCUCAGGACUCACCACAAUCAAUCUUGCCAACAACCCACUGGAGGACAGAGGUAUUUCUUCCCUUGGUGCUCAAUUCGCCAAACUUCGCAUUGGCCUCAAGCAUGUAAACUUCUCUAAAACCUCAGUGUCACCUAAAGGGGUGAACAGCCUUUGUCAGUCACUGAGUGCCAACCCAUUCAUCCCCAACAGCCUCGUCCAUCUGGACCUCUCAGGGAACAUCCUCAGAGGAGACGACAUGCAGCAUUUUUACAAUUUCUUGAGCCAGCCCAACCAUCUUGCAUUUCUGGAUCUUUCCAACACAGACUGCUCAUUGGACCAGGUUUGUUCCGCUCUCUUACGAGGCUCAGCCCAGCAUCUGUCUGUCCUCAACGUUUCAAAGAGUGUCUUUCCUCACAGGAAAGGCAAGGAGGUCCCGCCAUCAUUUAAGCACUUCUUCAGCAGCGCCAUGUCUCUCAGCUCCAUUAACGUGUCAGGAACAAAGCUGGCGCCAGAUGUCCUCAAGGCUCUCCUGCUAGGCCUGGCUAGUAACCCCAAUGUGAAAGAUGUAUCGCUUGACCUAAGUUGCUGCGAGCUUGGCCAUUGUUUGCGUUCUGGAGGGUCCCAGAUACUUGAGGGAUGCAUUGCGGAGAUUCCAAACAUCUCCAGCCUGGACAUCUCUGACAAUAGCCUGGACUCUGAUCUCUCCACUCUGCUGAUAUGGUUAGCAAAAAACCGAUCGAUAAGACACUUGUCUCUGGGCAAGAACUUCACCAACAUCAAGUCCAAAAACCUCGGUCCAGUCUUGGACAGUCUGGUUCACAUGAUCCAGGAGGAAGAGUCACCCCUCACCUCUUUGUCUCUGGCCGACUCCCGACUGAAGAGCGAUCUGACCAUUGUUCUGAAUGCGCUCGGCAGCAACACGUCACUCACCAGAUUGGACAUCAGCGGCAACGCGAUGGGCGAUAUGGGUGCCAAGAUGCUGGGAAAGGCGCUGCAGAUAAACUCUAAACUCAGGACAGUGAUCUGGGACAAAAACAAUACUGGACCUCAAGGUCUCCAGGAUGUAGCAACAGCUUUGGAAAAGAACUUCACUAUCCGUUUUAUGCCCAUCCCCAUCAUUGAUGCCUCUCAGGCGCUAAAGGCCAGUCCGGAGAAGACAGAGGAUGCCUUGCUCAAGAUUGAAAACUUCCUGUACAGAAACCAUGAAAGCAGGAAAUAUCAACAAGAGCAGGCGUAUCGCCUUCAACAGGGCAUCGUAACCACAACGACACAGCAGAUGAUGGACCGGAUUUGUGUGAAGGUGCAGGACCAUCUCAACUCUCUGAGGAACUCUGAGACUGACGCCAUCCUCGAGGAUGUCAGGUCUGCUGAAAGCCUCAUUAAAGAUGCAAGGAACUCUAAAACACUCCUUCCUAACCUCUACCACCUGGGCUCUGCCUCUAGAGACGAGGUGCACCGUGCUUCAGUAGGCCCCAUUCAGGAGAAAUUGCAGUCUAUGGCAGGCGAGGUGACUUCUGUCAUGGAUCAACAGUUGCAGAGUCUGUUGGAGUCUAUGAUGGACGCAGCAGAGUCUCUGUGUCCUCAUGUGAUGAAAAGGAGUAAUUUGCGCUCAGACCUCGUGAAGGCCAGCUCAGCCAAGAUGGUCGUCCCCAAGAGUUUUGUCACCAAAACUCUCCUGGAUCAGUCUGGUAUUGACAUCAUCAAUAAGAUCAGUGAGGUGAAACUGAGUCUUGCCUCCUUCCUGUCUGAUCGUAUCGUUGAUGAGAUCUUAGAGGCUCUUUCCACUUCACAACAAACUUUGGCAGACCAUCUAGUGCGGAGAGGGCGCCCCUUGGUGCAGCGAGAGUCGGUAGACAUGGACGCUCCAGAGGAGAGGAUUCCUAAACGGGCAUCCACUGAGAUUUUGGAGGGCGAGCGGGUGGAUGAGCUCGAGUCAUGCAUGACACUGUGCUGCACCAGUAUGACUCCAAAGACAAAGAGAAAAAGCAUCCAUAGUCGAAUGCUGAGACCUGUGUCUCGUGCCUUUGAGAUGGAAUUUGACCUAGACAAGGCGCUGGAGGACGUACCAGUGCAUGUGGAGGACCCACCGCUUCCGUCACACACUCCUCCGGUUCCCUCUCAGCCCUUAUCGAAAGGGGAGCAGCGUGUGGCGGGAGGGAUGUUGGAGCUUCCGUCCGAGGAGGAGAAGAAGCUGCAGCACUUCACCAAACUAAGACCCCGCAGAAACAAGAAGACACACUCCAGCAAAAUACCACAAAUGAGCAGUGCCCCAUCUCAGGAUGGAGAGCAAAAUGGCCUCAUGGGAAGGGUGGAUGAGGGUGUGGAUGAAUUCUUCUCCAAAAAAGUCACCAAGAUGGAUUCAAAACGUUCCAUGAAGAGCUCCGAAUCUCACGAUGGAGAGAAGAAGAAGAGCAAAGGAGGCUUCCUCAACCUGAUCAAACGCUCGACCAAAUCAGAUAAAUCAGACAAGUCGGAAAAAUUUGAGAAAAAUCAGGUGACCCCUUCAUCCUCGGCUACAUCUUCGACGUCUUUAGUGUCAGCUUCAAGCAUUGCAGAGGAACCCUCCUCUCCAAAGUCGACAGUAAAGAGUCCUGCGCCCGAGCCAAAGUCCAGAGAUUCAUCCACCCGUUCACAGCCAACAGACUACAGCAGCGGCUCGGAACGUUCAGAGGAGCUGAGGACCCCCGACUCAAUAGACGAGCCGUGGGAGGGCUCUGACGGCCGAGGGAGUCCCCAGGGAGGCCGGCGGUACCCGGGCAUGCAGAUGAUGGGCGGUGGGCUCCUGGCGGAAAUGAAGGCCAAACAGGAGAGGAGAGCACAUAAGUCCUCCAGCCCUGACAGACCUGACAGCAAUGCCACAGGUUCUCCAGAGAAGACCUCAACUCGUGUCGAAACAAAGCCUGAUCCCUCUCCUCGUCCUCGGGCUCCGUCCUCCUCGGGCUCUCCUGGGGGUCCAGUGAGUCCUAAACCGGCAAUGGCUCUGGGAACAAAGCCCGCCCUGUCCUCCCGACCAUCCCUUCCUCAGAAGCCGAGGACCACCAGCACUCGAAGCACAGAUGAGAGCUCAGAUGCACCCAAUGGUGGGGGGCUGUCUCCUAAGGUGACAGUUCUCCUGUCCAUGAAGAAGGUGUUACCGGAUAAAGACAAGGUGGGCCACAACAGUCCGCAGCCGGGAGGUUCUGCUACGAAACACACUCAGGAGGGGAGGAACGCGUCCGUGUCCGAGCCCAUUCAACGCUCCAGCCAUCAACGCAGCAACUCUGAUGACCGCGGCGCCUUCAAGGGCAAGGAGAUGUCACCAAAUCCAGACAAGGACAAAACAGGCCAAAAAGCUUGCAAUCCUGGCGAAGAAGCCGACAAAGAAAUAAUUCAAAUUUAAGUUGAUCACAUUUAACUCCCAAACAUUAACCCUUUUUGAAAAUGACUCAAGGGGCAAUAUGAGGAAUGCUUUAUAUUGAUAAAUUGUACACCAAGAGUACAAAUGACAGAGUACCUGUUUACAGUUCAAACUGUAACGUGUUAAUAUGAAUCACCAGACAAGAGGGGUGUUUUUCCAGAGUAACUUUUUCGCACUCUUUCUGAUGUCACCUACAAAACCAAACUUUCACUAAGAUCUUCCUUCUUCCUACAGAAACAAGCAUUUAUGCAGUAUCCGGUCAUUCAAAGUGCUCCCAAGUGUUCCGACAAUUAUAGUGUGAGCUGAACAAAUUAAAAGCACAAAAAAAAAAACGCAUGAACAUGUUUUCAGCGGAAAGAGUACGUAAGUGUGGACUGAAAAUGGAGGCUGUGAAAUGAUUUGGUAAUGGUCUCAUGUGCUAUUUCUCGCAGGGACCACACUUAAAGGAAUACCACUUAUCACUCUACUGUACUUGAAGUCUAAUAUAAUACUAGACCCGAUGGCAUUUUUGUUAGUUGCCAACAGUUUUUUGAAAUGCUUAAAUCCGUUUGUGCAAGUCUUUUUCUUUUUUUUUUUUCCCUGAAUCCAUUAUGCAACUCAUCUUUUUUACAGGACAAUACAGGUUGAAGCUGAGCAUCUCGGCACCCACAAAUCACACUAAUGUAGCUUACUUGUACUGAACAAUCUCCACCCUGCUGGUCCCCACUGGUGAUUAACCUUUGCACACUGUGCGGUACACGUUAGCUUUGAAUCAACAAAGGCUUCAGCACUGUUAACGAACAAGCAUUUGCAUAUUUUGGAUGGAACAAAUUGAUCAUCUUGUUACCCUUUAACUUGCUGGGGGUGUCUCUCUGUCUUUGUGUAGAUAGGAAAUGUAGUCACGUGACUUAUCGUUUCAUGACGUUUGAAGCUAGAAUACGAAGCUGUUGUGUUGCAUGCCACUUUUUGUCCCAGUGUCCUUCUGACUUUUGAGUUCAAAACACAUAGUGACACAUUCUAUUGACACUCGUCUGUGUCCCUCAGAAACGCUGCACAGUCAGGGCUUUGAAACUGAAGUGAUUUUUGUCCAAAAAGGAUCUUGUGUCCGUUUGUGUGUUUGUUUACCUUGGAGCUCUUGCACUGCUUCUGGAUGCUUACUUUGACAGCACAAAACAUCUUGAAGAGCAACAAGCACGAGUUGUACGCGACUUAAACAGCCUGACCACCGCGACUUGUCAACGCAUGCCCUGGAAAAUUCAGUGGAAGGGAAACUUGAGAUCCAGUUUGGAUCGCUACAGCUCGCAGACUAAAGAGUGAGACUAAACCAACAGGGGUUGAAGCACAAGUGUCAAAUGAUGGCCAAAAUCACAUUUUUGUAGAAUGGCUUCUUAACUCGAAUCAUGCAAAUAACAGUUCCUGUUGUAAAUAAUUCCACCAGCCUGAUCCCAAUUUAAUUUAUUAUUUUUCUCUGAAAAGAUGUUAGUUAGGUCACAGGUGCACAAGUUUGCUGCAGCUGGCUGUGACUUUGACAUAAUAACCGUUGACUCGAAUGAGUUACUUUAUGUGUGUGUGAGUGCAUGACAAGCAUUGUACUGUAUAUAAUGUAUGUCCCUCCAAGCCUACAGGUGUGAAUGUGUAAUACACAUAAUGUGUGCACUGUGACUUUUUCUUUGGUUGGUUUUUGCACAUGCAGGGUUUUUUUUCUUUUUCUUUUUUUUAGGUACGCUGCAUGUAACCUUUAAAAUAACGUCCACAACAUUCUCUCUCACGUGUACAUUUUGUUUAUAAAUCCACUUCAUGUAUGCGUUUGGUAUGACAUGUAUUAAAUCUUAACAUAUAUGUCAUGAUUUAAACAAACAAAACAAAACAAAAUAGUAAUGCAGAAUUGUCACAUAAAUACUGAAGACAUUUGCACAUCUUAGGUCUGAUUUUGUUUGGGGAUCCAGUCAUUGUGUUGUUUUCAUACCAUCGUUCUGCUGGUGUCUAUGUGAAUAUUAACAUUGAUUAAAAAAAUUACAGGCUUUGGAAUGUA